AUGACAAAAAUCGACUCCCUCCGUCGAGUUUUCCUUCCAUGUUUCACCACCACAAACCACCGUACACCCACCACAGCACCCACCAUCAAGAAACGCCUCAGCACCUCCCUCCGUGAUGACAUCAUCAUUAUCAAUAACAACAACCCACAACAACAACUUCCGGCCGAUGAAAACCAAGAUCAAGAUUCCGACUACACAUCAUCGCCGUUCAUCAACCCAACAACCACCGUAGCCCCACCGCGUUCUUCCAAAACAAUGGUCAUCGGAACCAUCUUCGGCCACCGCCGUGGCCACGUGUACUUUGCCGUCCAACAUGACCGUCUGAAAACAAAGCCAUCUUUAUUGCUACAACUUUCUAUCCAAACACAAACUCUGGUCCGAGAAAUGCGGUCCGGGUUGGUCCGUUUAGCACUGGAAAGUACUCAUACACAAAACGGGUCGGAUCUUGGAUCAUGCCCACUUCGAUCAGUACCCGUUUGGACCAUGUUUUGUAACGGAAGGAAACUAGGAUUUGCUGUACGGAAAAAGGCAAGUGAGCCAAUCAGGGUGAUGUUGAAAUCUUUGCAGUCAACUACGAAUGGUGCAGGGGUAAUUCCUUCUAAUAAUAAUGGUAAUGGAAAUGGAAAUAAUGUGGGUGAGUUGAUAUAUAUGAGGGCUAAUUAUGAAUGUAUUGUGGGUGGGCCAGAUAGUGAAUCUUUUCAUUUGAUUAACCCUGAUGGAUGUUUAGGCAAUAAUCAAGAAUUAAGCAUUUUCUUGAUGAGGUCCAGAUGA